CUUUCAUUAUUCUUCUGAAAGAGUGGAGUGGAUUGAUAUGGUUUAUCUUUGUAGUUUGUUGGGACAAUAGUGCGUGUAUUAUAUAUAUAUAUAUUAUGUUAUGUUGUGUUAUAGAAUAGAGAAAAAAGUUGCAGCCACUACCUUCUUUUUAAGUAUAAAUUGUAUAAACUCAGAGAUAAAUACAAUGGCUCAUAAAUCACGUACAUUAAAUUAAGUAGAUAGAAAUCUGAGUGGGUUCAUUUUCAAAGAGAUUUGUAUUCUAAUCACAAAUAGAACAAUUAUAAUCUCUUUUUACUAAACCAAGUAAUUUGGGGUGAAUAAUAUCCAUUCUCUCUCAUAAGCCUUCUGGACUUUGAACAUCAAAAGUUAAUUAACCUACAUGCAAGAGAGAACUCCAAACCGUUGGCCAAAACUGGAAGUUAUCUUCUUUUGUUUGAAGCACGUAUGGCUUCGAGGUUCAACUAUUCUACAAAAAGUGGAGCAAGUUGGCAACAACUCCUCGCCAAUACCAAACCUGUCCAAGCACCUAAUUUCCAAUGUCUAAGACGGCAAUAAAAACCAAACCAUUAACUCUCUCUCUCUCUCUCUCUCCCUCAAACUCUAUAUGACCCUCGUUCCAUCUUCCCAUUCACAACAAGCUCUCUGUUUUCUUCGGAAGCAACUCAUCUCAUUCACAUUCCCUCUCUGUCUCUGUGUAAUCCAAAUCCCAUGGAUGUAACAAGCCGAAGCCAUGAGACAACAAUCCACAUUCCAGAGACAGAGUCGAAGUCAACCGAAGCCAGAGCAGCACCCGCCGCCGCUCCAAAGGUGGUAGCCACCCAACACCCCGCCAGAGGAGGCUGGAAGAAAGGCGUCGCCAUUUUCGACUUCAUUCUGAGGCUCUGUGCCAUUGCUGCCACUUUAGCCGCCGCCACUACCAUGGGCACCACUGACCAAACACUCCCCUUCUUCACACAGUUCAUCCAGUUCCAAGCCAGCUACGAUGAUCUCCCAGCCUUCUCGUUCUUCGUAAUAGCUAACGCAUUGGCCAGUGGAUACCUUGUCCUCUCCUUGCCCUUCUCCAUAGUUGGCAUCGUCCGUCCCCACGCAGCAGGAAUCAGGCUCCUCCUCCUCAUCUUUGACAUUAUGAUGGUAGCUUUGACCACAGCUUCUGCUGCCGCUGCCGCUGCUGUUGUGUACUUGGCACAUAAUGGCAAUUCAAGUGCAAAUUGGGUUGCCAUUUGCCAGCAGUUCAAUGGCUUCUGCCAACGCGUCAGCACCGCAGUGGUGGCUUCGUUCAUCGGAGCUGUCAUCUUCGUCUUUCUCGUCAUACUUUCUGCUGUUGCUCUUAGGAGACGUUAAGAAGAGACUCAAUUUUAUCAUAUUGGCUCUGUUUUCACUUUUCAUUUAGAAAUAAGAUCUCUGAGUCAAGGGUGUGAUGAGUGGCAAAAACUCUGUAAUUUUCUUUGAUGAAUGUCGUACGCGCAAGGGAAUUAUGUGUGAUUGGGGUAAUAUAAAUGAAAUUACACCGUUCUGAGUC